AUGGAAGCGGCAGCGGGGGCGGGGCUGCUGGUCUGCGAGCGGCUCCACCCACGUCACGACCCGCGCUGGCUCCUGCGGCUGCCCCCGCCGCUUUGCCUGGCCUGCGUCAUCGAGACCCUGGGGGACGGCGGCGCCUCGCUGGUGCGCAAGAAGCAUGUGCUGUCUUGCUUCCGUGAUGUCCUGGCCUGGCAUGCCGUGCCAGUCAUCCAGCUGCUGGCACAGGACGAAAGGGUGUGUGUUCAUUUCAUAGGAACCCUCUUUGGGAUGUUGCAUACAGCAGAAGACAGUAGUGCACUGGAUCUACCCACUGAAGUUCUGGUGCGACUUGUGGCGGAGCUGAAGUUGGAGCAGUAUGUACACUGUGUGUUGGAUGAAAGCCAGAAAGAGUUAUCUAAGGCAGCCACCAUGAGAGGGAGCCUGUCUAUGUUUAAUCUCCUGGGCAAACUGGCAGAUGCCGUCCCGGGUUUAGCUGAUAUAUUGGUGAUUGAACACGGUAACUUAAUGGAACACCUGCUGGCAGGCUUGAUGUACCCCAACGAGGGUGUAAAGGCUGCUGUCUGCUAUCUUUAUGGCAAGCUGUACUCUUCCCCCACUAGUUCAGAAAGGCUGUCAGUGCACUUCACAGAGAGGCUGUGUGACCUCUUCUUGGCUACCCUAGGGAAUGCACAGACAAAGGAACUGCAGGUUAACUGCUUGGGUUUGCUAAAGGAGCUGCUGAAUUCUGACCAUUUUGUAUCAGUUGUUAUGAGCAAUUCAAGAAGAGGGACAGAUUCCGAGAAUACUGAGUUGUUGGAGGGAGAGAACCCACUGCCACUAGUGCUCAAAAAGCUGUUGCUGUCCAGAGAUGAAAUGCUACAGGUGGCAAGUGUUCAAUGUAUGACUGCUGUGCUUGUGCAUUCUCCUAUCAAAUAUGCUCCUGCCUUUAUUCAUGCAGACAUCCCAGAAUUCCUGUUUGAGUGUCUCUUCUGCACCAAUGAAAUUCUCCUCUGGUCGGUUUAUUGCUGCCUGCUGCUCCUAACUGAGGAGCGGCUUUUCUUUUCCAAGUGUCACACAGUCUAUGGCAUCGAAUCUGUGGUGAGGAGCCUGAAAGGGAUCCUGCAACUGAAUAAUGUGGAGCUGCACAAGCAGGGACUCUUGCUGUUCACUGAAAUACUGAAACGGCAACCAGUGGAAAUCAAGUUAUUCACAAAUCUGACCAUGUGUAAAGAUGCCAUUGGUGUUCUUGUGGAGGCAGUAAAAUGUCCGGUGCUGGAGGUAGCAGUAGAGGCUGUGAAAGCUGUGGCUGCUAUUCUGAGGAAGGACCACUUGAGCUGCCCCCCAGUGCAAUAUGUAGAGUUGCAGAAACUGAUUGAGACUAUGCUGAAGCGGUGUGCUGACCUAUCACUGCCACCCAUUAACAGGAGGCCCGCUAGUCACCUGGGGCACAGCACUCAGAACAAAGCAGUUUUGCGACAGGGGCAGUUCCUGCUCAGUACUGUGGAAGGCUUCAGAAAUGCUUGUAGGUUAGCUGUGGAAUGUCAAAGCGACCCCUUGGCUCAGGAGAAUGCUUUCACCGCUCCCGGCUCGGAGAGCGAGAAUACUCUGAGCAGCUUCUCUGAGUUUCUGCUGAGGAUUUGCGACAGCCUCUGCAUCCCCAUAGUCCUGAAGCACUCAGAAAGGAUUUCCAGCCCAGCUCUGAUGGAGGUUUUCAUAUCCACCCUCAGCACCCUGUUCUCUGUUGUGCCGAGCAUGCAAGAGAAAUUCUCUAGGAAGCUGGCAUCCUCUUCUUUCAUCCGACUGGCACUGGAGCUGAAGGCCAAAUUCUGCACUGGGCAAAGUAACCCUGCUUUGAAUCAAGCCUGUUCCAGCUUCCUCUACAGCAUGUGCCUCAGCCUUCAUUCAGCUGCAGAGAAGAUGGAGGACUCUUCCCAGCAGGAGCGAGAGAUGUCUGAGCUCCUGCAGAGGAGUCUGCCCCAGUUAAACUACAGUGUGCCUGAAAGCCUCACCCUCCUGUCAGAAACCCCAGAUCUCUUCUGUUUAGAUGAAGCUCUACGUAGCCACCAAUAUUGCCUCCUGCUCCUUUUGUACUGUGCCUACGCCCUGGAAGACAGGUUUGUUCCAGAGGCAGAAUUAUUCUCAGCCAUAAGAAAUUUCCUUCUGUCAAUGCAGGACCAGGGAGACUGUCCCCCUCCUUACGUCUUCAGAGCUGUUCUUUACCUUCUGGCAGUCUGUCAAGACAAAGGCGAAGCCUUAGACUCGAGUCCACUGUGUGCCAUAAGGAGAGUCUUGGAGAAUACAUCAGAUCUGAGCUUGGUCUACAUUCAUCAUCCGCUUCUGCUUAAAUUCUUCCUGCGUUACUCUGAGCUUAUGGGCAGAUUUGGUCACCGGAUCCUCCAGCUCUGGUUUUCCUGGGAAGACUACAGUCAGAUUGAGACUGAAGAUACUGUCUCUGGGCUCUCCUCUGGCUUGCCUGAUUAUCCAAACAGCUUUACCACCUUGCUUCACAUCCUGAAGGGCAAUUCCAGUGUUGUACUCAUUUUGCUGGACCUGGUCUGCUUGAGCACCACAGAAGUGGCUCACAAAGUUUUGAUGACCUUGAGUACGUUCCUGAAAAGAAACGAGGAUGUUGUUGUCUGUGACCUUCUUCGGAGUCAGUUUCUACAAAUCCUGAAGCAGCUUCUAGUGGAGAGCAGGUCCACUACUUUACGAGGUAGCAAGAACCUGCCUCUGUUGCUGAGACUUCUCUUCUUGGUGCAGCUGAGGAAUGAGGCUGAGAGAGAGCUGGACAGCACAGACUUCAAGCUACUUCACCAUGUCAGUAACCUCUGUGGGAAAUGCAGACCAGGAGAUGUUGAGCUGCUGCAGCCGUCCUUGAACUUCCUAUAUUGGAGCCUCCACCAGACAACAACAUGUAGUCAGCAGAGAGUGGUGGCUGUACUGCUCUCUAGUGUGCCUUUGUUGGAGUUGCUCCAGAAGGUUUUGGAGCUCACUUGGAUGUGGCCCUGUCGCUCUGGACCUGCUUUAUCUCCAUCCGAAGAGGCACUUCUCUGCUCUGCUUGGCUGCUGACUGCUUCCCUCUUAGCUCAUCAGCAUCGUUACAACUCUGAGGUUCACCAGAUGAUCUCCCUGGAUGUAGAAAAGGUCCUGAAUGCAGUUAUCUUCAGAAGGAAGAAGCCUGCACUGCUCUUAGUCAGUAUCCUUCAGUUCCUGCGAGCCAUCCUCAGACAGAACUUCUCUUCCUCCCUGCUGGUGCUCGUAGUCCAGCCCACAGCCCAAAGCAGGAUGGAGCCAUCAUUGUCAGAGGACGAUGCCUCCCUGUAUCCACUGGCCACGUGGCAGGUGCUCUCGCUUGUUGUCAGUCUGCAGAACCUUCUGGUCCAGAAAGACCUAUUGCUGUCUCAGACUGUUGUUACCUGCCUGGAAGUCUUGGUGGAGUACCUGCAUAGGAGGAACCAGGGCAUCGCACUCCAUGUCGUCUCACAGCCCUGGAAUCGAUUCUUGCUCUUCACGCUACUGGAUGGUGGCGAGAACUCCUUCCUUCGUCCAGAAAUUCUCAGGCUGAUGACUUUGUUUGUGAGAUAUCGGAGCAGCGAUAUUAUUUCUCAAAGUGAAAUUAGCCAGAUACUCCAAGAGGCAGCAAAAGCCAAGUUAGCAGAGCUUCCUGGUGCCACAUCCCACGCCCUGCGCCUCUUUCUACUUCAGCUUCAGAGUGGGAGUUGUGAGAUGGAGCCAGCCCAGGAAGGGACCAUUCAGACCUUGCUGGAGAGUCUCCCAGCCAGGACCAGGACCUGUCUAAGCCCACAGGACAUGGUAUGCCUGGGAGGAGUCGCUGUGUCUCUCUCGCACAUUGCAGACUGAAACAAGAGGAGGGAGCACAUGAAGCAGAAAAAUAAGAAAUGGACAGAGGAAAAAGACCAUUCCUGCCUUUUUCCCCAGAGAGUGGCUUAGAAAGGAGCAAUGACAGAAACGGUUGAUAGCUGGUUUUCAAAAGUU